AUGUGGGCCGCCUGGUGUUUGCACUGUGAGAUUCGCCGAUCGUCAGCACACGAUCCGCAACCAGGUGUGUUGCCAGACUGGUUGCGUGCCCGCUCUAGUCCCCAAGGCCUGGCCACCAUGCCCUUCAAGGCUCUGUCCUGGUUUUCUAGAAAGGCUGGUCUUCCGCUCCUGCGCCGCCAGCUUGAGGGUGCUAUUGCCCGAGCCUUUCUUUCUCCAUCUGCCCCACUUGAGCACCGCGAAAGCCUUCCCUUCUCAUUGAGCUUCACGGCUUGGUUGGAGGCCCGCGUUCUCUGCCCGGACACGCUGCCUGCAGAGACUUACAUGUUGGGUGUUUUGCUGUGCGCAAUUUGGGCUUCACUCCGCUGGGGUGACCUUCUGUGGGUUCCGCCAGCCCGCUUGCAUUUUCAAGCGCCCUCCGCUGCCUUGGUGGGCAUCUGUAUUCGCACGAAGACCACUAAAUCCGGGAUGCCUUGGGGCAUCUAUUCGCCCGGCCUUUUGGGUUUCCGCCGCGUCCUCCUGGACGACCCGCUGGUUGUAAGUUGUCAAGCAAGUUCUUGCGGACACCAAUGCCUUGCACCCACACCGCGUCAUCGAUUUCUUGCCCGCCAUCCUUUCUGCCGACGCCGGUCACCCGGUCAUUGUCAAGCCGCUGUUCCGGGACCAAGCAUGCGCAGUGCCGUGGAUCCGCAGUCUCCUUUGCCACCAUUGGAAUCUGCACAGCUCGGAGCCGAUGCCUUCUGCGUUUAA